AAAAUAAAAUGGUAGCCUCCAAAAAAAAAAGCCCCAAAAUUGUGUCCGGAAACAAGCCAAAUCACCCUUAAAAAAUCUUAACGCCAGCGUCCGCGAGCACCAGAAGCCGACGCACACAGCAACAGCUGCAGCAGCCGCCGCCGCGCGCGCGCACACGCAGCAGAGGGGCAGCCGGAGAAGAAGAUGGCCACGGCCACGGCGCUCUCCCUGAGCGGCGGCGGCGGCCGCGGGUCCCUCCUCCGCAGGUACCCUUCCACGGCGGCGGCGCGGUGCUGCGCCGUCCCGCGGCCGCGCCGGCGGCCGACGCCGCCCCGGCGCCUGGCGGCGUCCCGCGCGGACGACUCCUCGCCGGCGCCGUUCGAGAUGACGGUGGAGAGCGCGCUGAAGCUGCUAGGCGUCGCCGAGGGCGCCUCCUUCGACGACAUCCUGCGCGCCAAGAGCGCCGUCCUCGCCUCCUGCAAGGACGACCAGGACGCCGUCGCGCAGGUGGAGGCUGCAUAUGACAUGUUGCUUAUGCAGAGCUUAUCACAGAGGAGGGCUGGCAAGGUUGUUGAUAACAGCAUCCGCUAUGCUGAUGUCAAACCUGUAAAAAGUGCAGGAUCAGGCACGGUACCUCAGUGGAUGCAAGCAACCAUGAAGAACGCACCGGUGACAUUUGAGGUUCCAUCUUCAAGCAGCUUGGGUAUCCAAUCUUGCGUUUAUGGUGCACUGAUGGUUUUCACUUAUGCUAGUGGAAGCUCAACAUCUUUGCCAUCAACAUACACUAGUGCUGAUGUGCCUGGGUUUAUCUUAGCAACAGGGUUUGGUGCUUCAUUGUAUUUCCUGACAAAGAAAAAUAUGAACCUAGGUAAGGCAGCAUUGAUUACUGUUGGGGGUCUUGCAGUCGGUGCGACAGUCGGAUCUGCUGUGGAGAAUUGGCUACAGGUUGAUGUGGUGCCCUUUCUAGGCGUUCACUCCCCUGCUGUUGUUGUCAGUGAAUUUAUUCUGUUCUCCCAAUUGUUGGUCUCGCUGUUUGUUAGAUAGGAUUAAGACAAGUUGUCAGCCUGGCCUGUAAUUAACCGAGAAGAACUAGCUCCGAAAAAUCAGGAAAAUGCAUCUUUCUCUAGAAGAUGGGAGCAGCUGUGUAUAGCCAAAAAAAAAAACAUCGACAUCAGUAUCUCUUAUACUUUAAAGAUAACUUGUAUCUAGUCUUUUCAGUCCCAA